AAAUAUAUGACGAGACGUAACUGUCACUUUGGCAUUACAAAAUAUGGAAAAUUUUACCAGCACCUAGACAUAAUAAAAUAUUCCCAAUAAUGGACGACAACGAGACCGCCAACUUAGAUUUGGAGUUCAAAAGGUACUUGCAACUAUUGAGACCGUAUUUAGAACAAUUGAUCGACAAAAAGGUGAUAAAAAUUUGCGACUCCUGGAUACAGAGGCUAUCAGAUUGCAAAGACGAUGAAAAGGCUUUGAGAAACAAAUAUGUUUUUCUUCUAUGUUACCAACUUGCCAAAGGCUUUCUUGAUACGCCAUUUUUAAAUCGACCUCCAUCUGAGUUGAGCCCUUUGUCCGACGAUCUCCAUAGUGAGGAAUCUUCAACAGAAGUAGAAUAUGUGGUCAUAAACUCAGACGUAGAACCUCGUACCAAAGUCAUUUUUGACAGCAAGAAAGUUGCCAUUUCUGAAACCGACUAUUUAUCUCAAGAGUUUGAUAAAAUUACUGAAAGUUUAACUAGCAGUGAAAUUCCAUUGAAUGCAUUUCCUAAUUGUACCAAUCCAAAAUUCCUCUGCCUUAACUGUCCAGAAUUAUUACAAAAAUAUGUUGGCCAUGGUGAGGAAUACGAAUGCAGAGCUAAUAAUCUUAUUAAAAAAUUACGGGAGAUCAAAAUGCAAAACAUUCUACUUCAGAGAGAGCUUGACGCAUUGAAAGAAGAAGCAAGAGGUAAGAAUGAAGAUUGCACUUGUGAAUGCAUUCCAAAAGUUGACAAUGCCACCAGUGCAUACAUAAAAAAUAAUGACAGCAACAUCACCUUGAGAUCUUUGAAAUGCCAACUGCAAGAGGUUCAAGAUUCCAGAAACACAAUGAUACAAACCAUAAGUAACUUGCAUGACCAAUUAGACCAUAUGAAUGAGUUGAAAAAGAAUGAAAUUGAAGAAAUUGAAGCUAAACAUAGGUUAGAAAUAAUCAAAGUCCGAACCGCAGCAAGAGAGGAGAUGAAAGAAUAUUAUGAGAAAAAGUUCGAUGAGCUACGACUCACUUAUGAAGAUACCAUUAACAAAGUACAGGACACUGCUACAACUGAGUCACAAGAGCUAACUAAAUCAAAAGAUGAAAUGAUUAAUGAGAGAAAUAAGCUUUUGGAAAUAAAAGACGCUGAAAUUGCCAGACUAAAGGCACAAGUUGAAGAGCAAAAAAAUAAUUUAAAUACUAUGCUAAACAAAUUUAUAGAAAAAUCAAAUGAAGAUUUGUCAAACGACACAAUGCGAUUUAAGGCUCAACAAUUAGAAAAACGUUUAAAUAAAAUGGAAAAGUCUAAGGUUAAAUGCAUAAAACUAUACGAAGCUAAGCUCGAUCAGUUGCAGAGAGAAAAACAUUUAGCAGAAUGUACUCUACAACUCCAACUGGUAAGACAGAGGGCUCAGGUGGUUAACGAAAUGACCGACGAAAACCAAACGGAACUGAACAGUUCUCUCGACAAGCUGGAAACUAAAUAUAAGGAUAUUGUAGCCAACGUCCAGGCGACUGCUAUACAGAGAAGGAUGCAGGACCAACUUGCUCUGGAAUCAAUAUUCCAAGCAGCUUGUGGAAUACACGAACAGAAUCUUAUGCCGAACUCUUACACCAAACAAGCACGCAAUCAAAACCAAAGUUAUGAUAGCGAAAUCUCAUCUAUUAUGCGCGGUAAUAAAGUUGGAAACGUAAUCGCUGGCAAUAAUAAAUCUUAUGGUGAAGACAGUUUGGGGGCAGGAUACUGUCUCAAUGGGGAAAGAAUGGGUGAACUAUUUGAAAGGGUGUACAUUCCACAGAGGGACAACGGGGAGGCGAAGUGAAACUAUUUUAGUAGAGCCUCGUAAUCUCGUUAAUA